GCGCCGGGCCCGGAGGAGAGAGAAGAGAGAGGGCAGAGGCCGGCAGGAGCGCAAGCCAACGACGCGGCCGCGAAGGAAGGGCCCGCGGGCGCAGGAGGGACGGAAGACGCCGGGGAGCAGGAGAGAGCGCGCAGCGAACGCCAGACAGGAGGGCCGCCAAAGCGGAAGGGCGAAAACGACCGCCGCCAACGCGAAGGCGGGGGAGGAGGGGCGCGCAGGAAGCGGAAGCGGCCGCGACGCAGAAGCAAGAACCCGGCCCGGCGGCAGCAAGACACAACCCAAACCAACGCCGGAGCGCACAAGAGACCGGGAAGCCCCGCCCGCAACGGGAAGAGGCAAGAGAGGAGCGGGGGCAAAACGCCGGAGCCGCAAAAAGCGCGCCGCACACCCGCGGACCAAACAAAGGGAACAGCCGGGCGAGGCAACCCGAGGCAAAGGCGCGGCGAGAGGAGAAAAGCCCGCAACAAAACGCCGAGAGGAGCCGGCCAAGCCGACGAAGCGACGAAGCGCAGGCACAGAGGGGGGCCGGGGCCAAGCACGAAGAGCCGCAAGCGGCGCCGGAGCAACCCGAAGACCCGCCGGGGACACCACGGGCCCCAAGAAGGCGACAGACGCAAGCCAAAACGCGCACGGGAGAACGGGCAGAAAGCCGCGAGCGCGCAAAGCGGGAGCACGAGCCCAAAGGGCGCAGGCGCACGCCGGCGCCCGAGGAGACCAGGAGGGCAGCAAGGAAGACAAGGACAAAGAAAGCAAGGGAGGGCCGGAACACACGGGGCAGCAAGGCCAGGAAGGCGGCAGGGCAGGAGGCAACCCAAACGACAGCACCAAGAACGCAGAAGGCCAGAACGAGGCCAAAGCGGGCGGAGGACGGCCGCGGCCCGAAGCCGCAACGGGGGGAGCCGGAGCGGAAAGCAAGCGGAGAAAAGACCACGGCACCCGGAAGCGGAGCAAACAAAGCAGCAAGACGAGCAGGGGGAACGGGCGGCACCGGCACCGGGGCAGCGGCCGGGAGGCAAGACACAAGCGCAGAGACCGGCCGGCGGCGCACGAAGAGGACGGGGCACCCCAAGGCGAGACACGAGGCGAAGAAGCCCGGACCCAAGAGAGCCGGAAGCGAACACGGAGCGCCGGGAGCGCGGCAGAGCCAGCCGAGAGGGCGGAAGAGAAAGAGGCCGAGACCGGGCGCAAGCGCAAGCGGAAAAGCAACAGCACGCGCGGGGGAGGCCAGGAGAGCAGGAGGAAACACAGCGAGGAAGGCACGAACAACAGGAACGGACGCAACCGGGAGAAACCGCCCGACGCACAGCACGACAGAGGCCAAAAGGAGAAGCAGCCGCGAGCCACGAGCGCCGAGCACGAAGAAAAGAGAGAACCCCAACGGGGGGCGACCACGAGAGCCCGGCCACACCACCGAGGAAGACCGGAAGGCGAAGGAACGGCGGAGAAAAGCAAGCGAAACAGCGCGAGAAGGGAGAACCAAGCCAGGCCCAGAAGCACAGCAAAGCAACCAGGCAAGCAAGAGAAGGGCAGCCCGGGGGCACGCCCCGGGAGAGGAACGAAGCAAGAGCGAAAGACCGGAGCCACGACGAAAGACGCACCCACGGGGGCGACACACGCAACGCGCACCAGAGGCGCAGACAGCAAACGCAAGCGAGAGGCAGAGGAACAGAAACAGACGAAAAAGGAGAGCCGGGACAAAGAAGCCAAGCGGGCGGCGGGCAGAAGAACACGGGACCGGGGAGCACAGCGGCCGAGGGCGCCGCAGCGGCGCGAGCGGGAGCGGCAGAAAAGGGGCCGGGACGCCCCGACCCGGGGCAGCGGCGCGGCCCCCGAAGCGGCCGCCGCGGGACCACCCCGGAGACCCGGGGACCACCCCGACGGGCCGGCCCGGGCCGCGGCCGCGAGCGGGAGGGGCGGGCGCAGGCCGAACGGCCGGGGGAGCGGGGAAGGCGAACCGGCGAGGGGACACGCGCGGCCCAAGGAGCGAACGCCCCACACGCAGAACACCCGGGGACGGGCGACGGAGAGCGGGAGGGCGGCGACCCCGGCCAGAAGAACCCAGCGGGGAACGAGCGCGGCCCCGACGAGGACCGGCACGAAAACCAAGAGGGCGGGCGGAGCACCCGCGGAGGCCGGGAGAGCAGCCGGGAAGGGGCGACGAGACGGACCCGACGGAAACCGCGGCGGGGAGCGAGCAGAAGACGCGCGGGGGCGGAAACGGCGCCGAGCAGAGCGAGCCGCCGGGCGAGCGCGCGGCCGCGGCCCCCGGGGGCCGCGCGACGGAGCGGCGCGAGAGGGCGGGCAGGGGCCACGACAGCCAGAAAGGAGCGGCCCGCGGAGACGAAAGACGGAGGCGCAAGCCGCAACGGGAGGCGCAAACCCCGAACAAAACAACGAACCCGCGCCGCCGCAGGAGGGAAGAGCAGGGCGGCAGGCCGGGAGAGCGCGGGAACGGGCCGCAGACGCGGAGACGGGCAGGGAGCCCGGCGCGAACCGAGCAAACGGAGCGCGGAGCGGAGCCGGAGGCGCCGGGGAAGAAAGCGGGCCAAGAAGGCCGCGGAAAACGCAGGCCAGGGGACCGGGGAGACCCAGCGGGCCGGGCGCGAAGGAGGGACGCCACCACGGCCGGGCGGGACCGGCGAACGGGAAGCGGGGAAGGCGGCGCCCGCGACGCCACGAAACCCAAAGGCGGGAGCCGCGCGCGGCAAGGAACGAGAAACGCGGGGCAGCCGCCCCCACGGCCCCAGAAAACCGCGGCGGGGAGAGGCGAAGGAACACCCCGAGCAGCGGCGGCGCCCGGAGGGGCAGGACGCCCGCCAAAGCGGCAGGCGGAACAACCGGGGCGCGAGCGGCGGAACAACCGGACCGCGGGGGGAGGCGGCCCGGCGGACGGGAACGGCGGGAGCGGGGGCCGGCGGCAGACCCCCAAGGGCAGCGAGGAGCGGGACGAGCAGCGCCGGAGAGCGGGACGGCCACAGGCGCGGCGGGGCGGGGCGGGGCCCGGGCCCAGCGGCGGCGGCGGGCGGGAGCGGCGGGGGCGCGAGCACCGGCGCCGGAGGGGCGCGCGGGCCGGGGGGGGCGGGAGCGCGGGCACGACCGCGAGGGCGGCCGCGACCCCGAGCGGGGGCCCGACCACGCGGGCGAGCCAGCCCGAGAAAAGAGGGGACAAGGAAAAGGGCAGAAACCGAGAAGACAGACAAGGCACGACAGGAGACAAAAGCGACACGGGCCGAAAGACAGCAGGGAGCCGCCCGAAGAGAAGUAACGGACGGCGCCGGACCGAGCGCAGACGCGACGAGACGGAGCGCGGGACAAGGGAGACCGACGAACCGGGGCGCGGAGACCAAGGGGCACGACCCGAGGGACAAGGCAGGAGGGCACCGACUAGAACCCGCCAGCAGGGAAGCCAACCCGGAACCCGGAACAACAAGGAAGGGGCGGAGGGAGAAAGGAAACAAGAGGAGGCAAAGAACAAGAAAACAGGCGGAAGCAAACCAAAAACAGAGAGACAAAAAAGAGCCCGCCCAGAACCGGGAAGGCACGAGGACAGAGCGACGACAAAAGGAGGACAAGGCCAAAACGGACAACAGAGACGGGACGGGCGCGAAAGGAAAAAGACAAGGCGAGAGAGACAGAGGGAGACGGAAAGAGGACAAAACGCCGGGGGCGCACCCCCGGCGCCGGAGAAGGCGACGCCAAGCGAGAGCAACGCGGGCGACGAGGGCGCGGACCGGCAGCACAAAAGAGAGGCAGAGCGGAGGAGGACCAAAACAACAGGGACCCAGGAGGCAGCAGCGGCCGACGGAGCAAGAGAAGCAAAAGGAACGGAAAGGCAAAGAAAGGGGCACAGCAAGGGCAAAGAGGAGGAAAGGGGGGAGGGACACGAGCGGACAGGCAACAAAGACAAGCAAGCGAACGAACGCCGCCGGGCGCCCAGAAACCCGACGGGGGGCGCGGGCACAAGAAAAGAAACCACCGGCACGGACCCCCAGAAGCCCGGCAGAGGCCGGCAGGGGAAGGAAAAGAAGGGAGCGAGAAGGGCGAGCACAAGAGGACCAAGGCCGGACGGGGAACGGAACCAGGCCCAAGCAGAGGCCAAGAGCGCAGGACGGCCCGGACGGGAACCGGAAGCGCGCCAACCGCCAAAACCGCAACCGACAGAGGAGAGGAAGCAAGACGAAACGGAAGCGGGAGGGAGGAAGGGGAAGACACCACGGGCAAGCGGGACCACGGACGCGAACCGGGACGAGAGCGAAGGAGGCAACCGAGAGGGGCGGGACCACGGACGCGAACCGGGGGGGAGCCAAAGGGCGGGCACGGGGGGGCACGGACGCGAACCGGGGACGGGAGCCAAAACCAGGCGCAGGAAGCGGGACCACGGACGCGAACCGGGGACGGGAGCGAACCAGAGACAGGGAAGCGGGACCACGGACGCGAACCGGGGACGGGAGCGAAAGCCGGACAGAAGGAAGCGGGACCACGGACGGGAACCGGGACGGGAGCGAAGAGAAAAGCAGGGCAGGAGGGAGACAAGGGCAGAAGCGGAGGACCGCGAGAAGGCGCGACGAGCAGACGCAAGGCGGCGAGAGCAGGCGACAAGGAGCGGACCGGCCGAAACGACGGCGGAAAAGGCGACGGCCCAACGACAGCCGAAAGCGCGCAAGGCGAGGGCAACACGAGGCGAAGCCGAGACGAAGGCCAAACAGACGGCAAAGCAAGAGGAGCAGAGACACCACAAGAGAGGGAGAGGCAAGAAGAGCAAGAGACAGGCGGGCAGAAGCCAACACGGGCCCGAAAGAAGGGCGAAGGCAGGAAGGAGAGAAAGGGAGCAGGCGCGACACCCGAACCCCGCCAGACGCAAGCAAAGCAAGAAACAAAGGCCGAAACAGGCGCAAGCGCACGAGAGAAAACCAGAGCCGACCGGAAAGCCGAGCACGGGCGCCAACGCACGGGACCGGAGCGGGGCCGCGCCGAACGGGCGCCAAAGGCGGCCCCACGAACAAAAGGGGAAGCACCGGGCAGGACGAAGAGAGGGACACGAAAAGGAGAGGGGGCGGAGACGACCCAAAAGCGGGGCAAACGGGAGGGGGGGCCCACAAGGAGAAGCGCAAAAGCGAAGCCGGGGAAACGGCCCAACGACCGGACGAAACGAAGACCCCAAAAGGGGAGCACAAACAGAGGCCGACAACACCGCAAAGCAGCCACAAGAAGGAAAAAGGGCAGCCCCGGGAGCACCAAGGGGCGGAAAAAACGAGACCCGGCAACCCAAACAGAGGAGACCACGACGAGCCGGGCGAAAAACGCGACAAGGGAGCCCCAAGAAGGACGGAAAACGGACGGACGAGGAGCAAGAGCGCACAGGCAAAAGGCAAGAAAAAACCAGCCGGAAAGCACACGGGCAGGGGCGAAAAGGGAGGGCGGACCGCAAACGAAGCCGCCCCGCGGGGCCGAGAGCACCGCGAGGGCCCCGCGAAAGGCGCGGGAAGGGGGCCGGGGAAGCACGGAAGGGGGACGCAAAAGGAAGGAGAAGCGCAAGGGAAGGGGAACAAAAAAGGGACGAAGGGGGGGAAAGGCGGGAAAGGGCCAGAGGGCACGCCGCGGCCACGGGGCGGCACGGGGCGCGGCCACGGCACCGCCGCGGGAAAGGCGACAACCCGGCAAACGGAAAGGGCGAGGGGCGGACGGGCGGAGGCGGAAAAAGACAAACCGGAGAGGGAAGCGGAGGGGAAAGGAGAGGGCGGACGCAACGGGGAAG